UUUCAUCAAGUUGUGCGAGCGAUGACACCAAUUUUUACGAUCGUACUUUCAAUUACUUUUUUAAAAAAGCAAUUCACGACUAUGACAUAUAUCUCUUUGCUACCGGUUGUAUUGGGAGUUGUAUUUGCGACUGUAGGAGAUUAUUAUUUCACUAAAAUGGGAUUCUUUUUAACUGUUCUUGGUACAAUAUUGGCCGCCUUGAAGACAGUUGUCACAAACCGAGUUCAAGUUGGUCGGCUUAAGCUUCACCCUUUAGAUCUAUUAUUACGCAUGUCACCUUUAGCAUUCGUUCAAACUGUAAUUUAUGCUUAUGUUACCGGAGAAUUACAGCGAGUUCGUGCCUUUAGUCGGACGGAAAUGACAAUGUCAUUGGUUUUUGCACUUAUUACAAAUGGUGUUAUCGCCUUCUUUCUUAACGUUGUAAGUUUCACAGCAAAUAAAAAGACGUCAGCUUUAACCAUGACAGUAGCUGGUAAUGUAAAACAAGUACUAUCUAUUAUUCUGGCUGUCGUGAUAUUUAAUUUAACAAUAACGCCGACAAAUGGGCUUGGAAUUUUUCUGACUUUAUUGGGAGGCGCAUGGUACGCGAAAGAUGGAGGGAUACAAAUAAGUGUAAGAUGGUUUGUGUUCACAGGUU